GUCUCCGCAAACAAGUGGCUGCAGUACCUUGUGCGGUGUGGCCAGAGACCAUCCCAAUCUGCUGAGACGUGGGACGUGGUCCGUGCAGCUACGCCAAAGCAGAUCUUGCCGGCGAGGCUUUACUGCGAGGAGCCGACAGAGCACAUGUUCAGUGCGACUGAG